AUGCACCUUCCCGCCGCCCGAUUCCCAUUUCCCGUCGCCAGACAUGCCUUCCUGCCUCCCUAUUCCCUUUUCCGUCGCCCGAAUAUCUGUCCCUCCCUUCUCUCCCUUCCCUCCCUUCUCUCCCUUCCCUCCCUUAUCUCCCUUCCCUCCCUUCUCUCCCUUCCCUCCCUUCUCUCCCUUCCCACCCUUCCCUCCCCCGACUCCUUUCCCUCCAAUCCCUCCCUUCUCUCCCUUCCCUCCCUUCUCUCCCUUCCCUCCCUUCUCUCCCUUCCCUCCCUUCUCUCCCUUCCCUCCCUUAUCUCCCUUCCCUCCCUUCUCUCCCUUCCCUCCCUUCUCUCCCUUCCCACCCUUCCCUCCCCCGACUCCUUUCCCUCCAAUCCCUCUAUCUUCUCCCUUCCCUCCCUUCUCUCCCUUCCCUCCCUUCUCUCCCUUCCCUCCCUUCUCUCCCUUCCCUCUCUUCUCUCCCUUCCCUCCUUUCCCUUCUAUCCCUCCCUUCUCUCCCGUCUCUCCUUUCCCGCCCUUUCCCCCUUCCCUCCUUCCCUCCUUUCCCUCCCUUCUCUCCCUUCCCUCCCUUCCCUCCACUCCCUCCUUUCCCUCCAAUCCCUCCCUUCUCUCCCUUCUCUCCCUUCCCUCCCUUUCCCCCUUCCCUCCCUUCUCUCCCUGCUCUCCCAUCUCUCCUUUCCCUCCCUUCCCUCCCUUCCCUCCCUUCCCUCCUUCCCUCCCUCCCUCCUUCCCUCCCUUCCCCCCCUUUCUCCCUUCCCUCCCUGCUCUCCUUUCUCUCCCUCCCACUCCCUUCUCUCCCGUCACUCACUUCCCUCCUUCCCUCCCUUCACACCCUUCCCUCCCUUCUCCCUUCCCGCCCUUCUCUCCCCCCUUACCUUCUAUCCCUUCCCUCUCAUCCCUCCUUGCAAUCUCCUGUCUCUCCCUUCUCUCCUUUCUCUCCCUUCACUCCCAUCCCUCCCGUCCCUCCCUUCUCUCCCUUCCCUCCCUUAUCUCCCUUCCCUCCCUUCUCUCCCUUCCCUCCCUUCUCUCCCUUCCCACCCUUCCCUCCCCCGACUCCUUUCCCUCCAAUCCCUCUAUCUUCUCCCUUCCCUCCCUUCUCUCCCUUCCCUCCCUUCUCUCCCUUCCCUCCCUUCUCUCCCUUCCCUCUCUUCUCUCCCUUCCCUCCUUUCCCUUCUAUCCCUCCCUUCUCUCCCGUCUCUCCUUUCCCGCCCUUUCCCCCUUCCCUCCUUCCCUCCUUUCCCUCCCUUCUCUCCCUUCCCUCCCUUCCCUCCACUCCCUCCUUUCCCUCCAAUCCCUCCCUUCUCUCCCUUCUCUCCCUUCCCUCCCUUUCCCCCUUCCCUCCCUUCUCUCCCUGCUCUCCCAUCUCUCCUUUCCCUCCCUUCCCUCCCUUCCCUCCCUUCCCUCCUUCCCUCCCUCCCUCCUUCCCUCCCUUCCCCCCCUUUCUCCCUUCCCUCCCUGCUCUCCUUUCUCUCCCUCCCACUCCCUUCUCUCCCGUCACUCACUUCCCUCCUUCCCUCCCUUCACACCCUUCCCUCCCUUCUCCCUUCCCGCCCUUCUCUCCCCCCUUACCUUCUAUCCCUUCCCUCUCAUCCCUCCUUGCAAUCUCCUGUCUCUCCCUUCUCUCCUUUCUCACCCUUCACUCCCGUCCCUCCCGUCCCUCCCUUCUCUCCCUUCCCUCCUUUCCCUCCCCUUCUCUCCUUUCCCUCCAAUCCCUCCCUUCUCUCCCUAUUCUCCCUUCCCGCUCUUCUCUCCCCCCUUACCCCAUCUCCCUUUGCUCGCUUUUGGCCUCCCACCGCCUCAACCUGCCUUCCCGUCUCCCCUUCAUGCCUCACACCACCUUUCCCUUCCUUCUCAGCCCGCCUUCAUGCCUCCCACCACCUUUCCCUGCAUGCCCCUCCCCCUUUCAUGUGUCCCACCUCCUUUCUCUGCCUUCCCAUCUCCCCUUCAUGCCUCCCAACACCUCUCUGUGCCUUCGACCUUUCGUCCCUCCCAUCCACUCCUUUCUCACUGGGCCACUCUUUGUCCUGCUCCCCCUCCCAUCCCCUUCCAGCCCCUCCCAUCCCCUUCCAGCCCCUCCCAUCCCCCUCCAGCCCCUCCCAUCCCCUUCCAGCCCCUCCCAUCCCCUUCCAGACCCUCCCAUCCCCUUCCAGACCUUCCCAUCCCCUUCCAGCCCCUCCCAUCCCCUUCCAGCACCUCCCAUCCCCUUCCAGCCCCUCCCAUCCCCUUCCAGCACCUCCCAUCCCCUUCCAGCCCCUCCUAUCCAUGCGCACACUGCCGGUUCGUUUACCUACUCACUUCACAAACUUCCCUACUCCCUUCUGCCUGUUCCCCGCCAGAUAUCAAAGAUGUUCUCGCGCCAACGUGGGCGCCGGCAACGGUUGA